AUGAAUGAAGAAAUUUUUAUUCCUAAACAGAUUUUAUCUAUAUCUGCCUUUGCAUUUACUAUUAUAUUUAUUAUUAUUACAAUAUUCCACGAAUAUAAGUAUGUAACAUAUUCAAAAGAAUUAAGGCCAAUAAUAAAAAAUGCUAUACCAGUUUCAUGCAUUCCAUUAGAAGAAAACAAUGGAAAAAUUAUACACAUAAAUUGUCCAUUACAAGAUCUCGAAACCUUUUAUGCACCCGCACAAUUUAGUAGUAACAUAUAUUCUUUCAGAGGUGUAUUCUUUGAAAUAAAAAUAGAAAUGUACCAAUGGAUAAGAAGUAAUAGAUAUCUGGGGUUAUACGCUAGGGGAAAGUUUAUGGAUCAUAUAGUAAGCACACCUUCCAAUUUUUUAUUUUUUUAUAAAACCCCACAAAACCCUACCUACUUUCCUUCCAUUGGAAAUAUAGGACGUAAAUAUGCAAAUUAUGCAAAAGCUGGUAGCUACAGGUUGUCCAAAAAUUCACUCAUAAACUUUCAGAAAAAAAAAAAAUUAGAAUUGGUAGACGAUGGAUGGUUUACAGAAUCUGAGAUAAAACCUCCUUUUACCGUUGAUCAUUUAAAUACAAAUGUUUUUAAUGAUUAUUUGUAUACAGGAGAUCCAUUAAAUCCCCAGGUAGGGGACAUAAGAGUGUCUUUUUAUGGAAAUGCCUCUACGCAUGCCACUGUUAUAGGGGUUCAAACAUCUAGACUACUGAAUAGUAUUUUUGAAAUUGAAGGCGUGAAUUUAUUGAAACGCAAUAUAGUUUUAGUAUCAGAAGAAAACAGAAUGAUGAUUAAUAAGACCAAGCAUUUUAUAAAUAAAAAUUAUGGAAAUAUAACCUCUUUGUGGUUUUUUAGAAUAAUUACAUAUUUGAUUCUCUGUACAGAAUUUUAUUAUAUACUGAUAGGAACAUCAAACAACCUUAUGUGGAGAAUUGCUGUGAGUUGUUCAACUUCUUCCAUAAUAUUAACAAUUUUCCCAUGUGUGUUUUGGAUAUUUUGUGAUACUGCCAUUUUUUUAUUUUUAUUAAUUUUUCUUUUUAUCAUGUCAUUAUUUCUAUUAUAUAUUUAUAAUACUGAAAUAGAAAAGGAUUAUAAGGAACUCAAAAAUUAUAUGAAGAAACCUGUUAGGGAUACUACAAAUUAUACAUUUUUAAAUGUGACAGAUACUUGUACAGGGGCAUAUGAAGAAUUUAAUUAUGGAAAAAAUAAAGUUAAUAAUAAUAACCUCGAAUCAAAUAGUGACGUUUCCUAUACCCUUUCACUUAGCAAACAACCAGGAGGGAAGUUUGAAUCAUCCCCUGCAUAUAUAUGA